AUGACCCGUGGCUUAUAUAAGCGCAUUCUUCAAUUUCCCUUAUGUCCUGAUCGGGCCUUUCUCGCGAUUUAUUUGAGUUGGGCUAAGGAUAACCCUGGGCCUAGCCCUUGGAUUUUUGGGCCUCAACAACAACCUAGGAGAAGUAACGGGUUUAUUUGGAAGGUCAACACCCCAUACCAUCAGUUGAUGAGCGUUGGUUGA